AUGAGGACGGUGGUCGACAGGUUCAAACUGACUGAGAGCUCCCUGACGGAGGAGGUGGAGGAGCUGCAGGAGGAGAACCAGACACAGAGUAAGAGGCUCAGCCACACCCUGAGACAGAUCAACCACAGCCCGGGCUCUACUGACCCAAGCCCCAUCCCUGUCUCUACCGCCAGCACUAGCUCUGGUGCCAGCCCAGCAGACUCCAGCCCCAGCCUGGCUACCGCCCUGCCAACACCCCUGCCUUGGCUCAACCAGUCCCCUGCCCUGUGGACAACACUGACCCGGUGAGUGAUGAAAGCUCACCGCAACUCCAACCCAGAAUGAUACUAUCCUAGCAUUACCCAAUGAUUACCUAUCCCUGUAUGGCUUAGCCCAGGAUGACCUAGCCCUAGCCUUGAACCAGGAGAACUGGGCACUGAGGGGGAUAGUGAGGACGGGGAUAGUGAGAGGAAGCUGGUCCAGGAGGGAUAUAGUGAGAGGAAGCUGGUCCAUCUCAGGCUGCAGGUUUCCAUGCUUGAGAGCGAGAGUACCAGGCUGGGGCAGGAGAACCAGGAGCAGGGAGGUCUCAUCACCGAGCUGACCAGGAAGACCGAGGAUGACCUCAACACUAUCAUGGAGCCGCAGUAGAGACUGACUGAGAGCGGUCAGCUAGGCCUACAACAGGGUGACCAUGGUUUGACCACUGAGUCAGAGUGCGGUCAAAAGGGUGAGCAAGCGGUUGGGUCAGUGUACGCACAACAGGGUCAACCCCCGGUAGGGUUCGUGACCAGUCUACAAGGUGAUCACAUGCCAGAGUCAAUGAAUAGUGGUGGACUACAGAGUGACCACACGACCGCGUCAGUUAGGGGGCCAAAAGGAUGACCAUUUGACCACAGAGUUAGUGUGCAAGCUUAGAGAGGAGAGAGAUCAGUUAAUUGGGUCUCUCAGUGAUCUCAAAGAGGAAAGAGAACAGUUUGCCCUCUCACUCAACAGUCAGACAGAGGAGAAACACCAGCUAACACAGCUCCAUGUGGGUUCUGAAAGAAGAACGUGA